AUUUCUAGUUCCUCAUCCGGGUUGGCUUCUUCUAAUAACGCUCAGCUCUUUCAACAGUCAAAAGAAAAGGGAAACACCCAAGGCUGCGCGCACGGCCUCAAAUUAUUGUCCUGCUUCUUUCCGUUUUGGGAAAUGAAAUAAUAACAAUGGAGUGUGCGGAGAGCUGCGGCAAGAGCGUGACGAGUGAGCAGGAGGAGGCGAAGCCGGAGUGCGAGGAAGGCGAGGUGAUGAUGAUGCAGGAGCAGGACGGAGGUGCUGCGGCGGCGGCGGGGGAAGCCAUGGCGCCGGCGCAGAUCGACGUGAGGAUGGACGUGGCGCUGCUCCACUGCCAGGCGUGCCUCCUCCCCCUCAAGCCCCCCGUCUUCAAGUGCGAGGCCGCCGGGCACGUGGUGUGCUGCUUCUGCCACGCCGGCCACGCCGCGCUCUGCAGCCGCGCCAGCGCCCACUGCGGCGAGCUGGACGCCGUGGUCGGCGCCGUCAAGGUGCCCUGCCCCUACAGGGCGUUCGGCUGCGAGCGCUACGUGGUGUACCACGAGGCCGCGGACCACCAGCGCGCGUGCCGGUGCGCGCCCUGCUCCUGCCCGGAGCCCGGCUGCGCCUUCGUGGGCUCCCGCGCCAUGCUCCUCGGCCACUUCGCCGCCGGCCACCAGCGCCCCGCCGUGACGGUCCGCUACGGGCGGGCCUGGAACCUCGGCUUCUCCCUGGCGCACCGCUGGCACGUGCUCGUCGGGGACGAGGACCGCAGCCUGUUCCUCGUGUCCCUCGGCCCGCUCGGCGCGGCCACCGCCGUGUCGCUGCUCUGCGUCCGGCCGGACGGCGAGGCCGGGGCGGCGCCCCGGUUCCGGUGCAAGCUCUCCGUGGAGCGCCCGGCGGGCGACGACAAGGACAACCUGGUCCUCAUGGCCUCGGCGGUGAGCAGCAGCGCGCUGUCCACCGGCGCGCCGGCGCCGGGGCAGGGGAUGUUCUUGGCGGUGCCCCAGGAGCUGAUCUCCGGCGACACGCUCACGCUCAGCCUCCGGAUUGACCUGAUCCAGCCUGCCGCUGCCGGCGGCGCUCCCAAGUCCGCUACACCGCAGGCCAGGACGCCGAGGAGGAUGCAGUGACUCAUGUAUCUGCACCUUAAGUUAGAUGCUUCUGAUGCAAUAGCAGUUAGUAGUAUGGUGAACAGUUUAAUUCAGUACUAGUGCAGCUCAGCUAUGGAUUAUUGGUAUGAGUGUAUGAGACUAUGAAAUACAGUAUGAAUUUAGUAGGCUUGUUAAGCUACAUGACUUCUGAUCA